AAGCAAAGCUCUUUCUUCCAUUAACAAUCCUCUACUUGCUUCAUCUUCAUUCGUCAUGAUUUCCCUCUUCUUUACUUCACCAAUUUCUUGAAUUCUCAAACCUAAAAGACAAAGCUUUUCGAUUCCUUAUAGAUACCUUCAGAUGUCUAAGAGCUCAGACGUUGAAGAAAACGGAGGAGCAAAGCCAAUCUGUGAAGCUUUGAAGAGAUUCAAAAGUUUUUUCUUAUUUGAUUACAGAAGCGUAGCUAAAAGCUAUGGCCUUUCGGAUAAAUCAGACAGAUUCGUUUGGCUCAAGCUUGACAACAACAUCAGCAGCAACAGUAGUAGUAAUAGUUCAAAGAGAGUUGGGUUUCUGGAAGAGAGUGGAAAUGGGUGUGAUGUGUUCGAUGGAGAUUGGGUUUGGGACGAGUCUUAUCCAUUGUAUCAAUCCAAAGAUUGUAGAUUUCUCGAUGAAGGUUUUAGGUGUAGUGACUUUGGAAGGUCUGAUUUGUUCUAUACUCAGUGGCGAUGGCAACCUCGACACUGUAAUUUGCCCAGAUUUGAUGCUAAACUGAUGCUGGAGAAACUCCGGGACAAGCGGCUAGUGUUUGUUGGAGAUUCAAUAGGAAGAAACCAGUGGGAGUCUCUUCUUUGUCUACUAUCUUCUGCAGUCAAGAACGAAAGCUUAAUUUAUGAAAUAAAUGGAAGUCCCAUCACAAAGCACAAAGGGUUCUUGGUGUUCAAAUUUGAGGAGUACAAUUGCACAGUGGAGUACUACAGAUCUCCAUUUUUAGUUCCUCAAAGCAGACCACCGAUUGGAUCACCACAAAAGGUUAAGACAACUUUGAAACUGGACACUAUGGAUUGGACUUCAAGCAAAUGGAAAGAUGCAGACGUUUUAGUGCUCAAUACUGGACAUUGGUGGAACGAGGGAAAAACUACUAGAACGGGAUGUUACUUUCAAGAAGGAGAAGAAGUGAAAAUGAAGAUGAAUGUAGAUGAUGCUUAUAAGCAAGCUCUGAAUACCGUUGUGAAAUGGAUACAUACCGAGGUCGAUUCAAACAAAACUCAAGUCUUUUUUCGCACAUUCGCUCCCGUGCAUUUCAGGGGAGGAGAUUGGAAAACAGGAGGAACAUGUCACAUGGAGACAUUACCAGAGAUUGGAACCUCAUCAGAGACAUGGGAACAGUCAAAGAUCCUCAGAGAUGUGUUGUCACAUUACUCAAACAGAUCAGAGACUGUUAAAGUGAAAGUGUUGAACAUAACGGCAAUGGCUGCUCAAAGAAAAGACGGUCACCCAUCACUCUACUAUCUUGGUCCGUUUAGUCCUGCACCGCUGCAUCGCCAAGACUGUAGCCACUGGUGCCUUCCCGGUGUCCCUGACACGUGGAACGAGCUCUUCUAUGCAUUAUUUAUGAAACAAGAAGCUCCUUCCAGAAGAGUUGAAGAAGCGAAUAGUACAGGAAAUGUUACAAUGUCGUGACGCUGGACAGAACAAGGAAAAACCACAACAAGCUCUUGUUUCUUAAGCAGUUGGCAUUUUUUUGAAGAUGCUUAGCUCAAAGAUCAAAAAGGGUUUGGGAUUUUUGAUUGGGUGAUUAGAUUAAUUGGGUGGGGAUAUGUAAUUAGGUUGGUAAUCUUAAUCUCUGGUUGUAAAGAUAAAAAAAAAAUCUUAAA